UUUCUCAUAUGAUUCUUCUUCUAACCUAUCAAUAUUUGAAUUAUAUGACUCCUUAUCCAAUUCUUCUGAUUUACUCUUUGAGAUAUAUAAAAAAACUCAAAUAGAAAAUAAAAUAAUAGAUGCUAUAGUUCAUGCAAAAGAAGAUGAUGAGAAUGUUGAUUAUCAAGAAGAAAAUAAUGAUAAUAAGCAUAAGAAAGAAGAAAAGAAUAAAAUAAAAUUACAUUAA